AUGGUGGAGGACGUAUGCUUGCCCACUCUGACAUAUUGUGUGCGAUUUGUUAAAAAGUCCAGCCUGGCCCCUAUGUGUUUCGGAGCUGCAAUAUCUGUUUCAUGUGAUUCCAUCUACAAGAGUUUUGCUCAGUGUUUACUCACACUUGGAGACAGUUUGGUGGAAACACAAAAGGACCAGAGCACACAGGACAUUGAUGCAAUCUGCAGGUCCUGGAAUGCUUUCCAUGUUUGUGCCAACUCAGCCUUGGCCAGCUGCCCUGGAGACGCAGCAGCCGUCUGGGAGUCUUUAAGACAAGAAUCCAGGAAGACGCAGUUCUCUGGAAACCUCUACGACAUGUGUGCCAGCCGCACCACCCUCCCACCCAGCACUGUGCCUGCACCCCAGAGCCCUCCCACCUCCGACCAGACCAACCAGGAAACACUGAAAGGGCAAACAAACAAGCACAGCCCCACCUUCAGCACACUGAUGUUCCCUGUAUGCAGCACCUUACUACUGCUGCUCAGGAGUUAG